AUGCCCAUUCUUCUUGGCAGCCUUAUUUGUCCUCCUUACUGAGAAUAUUUUCCUAAUUGAGGAAAUUAGAAAUUGAGAUUAGAAACCUGCCAUUUUCAUCACCUGCAGCCACACCCUUGGAUGCUGACCAUGAGGACAACCAGGUGCAAAUUGUGACUGGAGCCAGAUCGUGUAGGUGCGCUAAGGAGACCAGGAGCUUGGUCCAGAAACCCCCCUUGGCUCAACCUGAAUGCGUGCUCCAUGUUCUGCUCUGAAGAAGAUGGCAGGUUUUCCUGGCCUCUUUCCUGCUAGUGUUCUACCCGCUCUCCUUCUCUGGGUGUCCAUGUGGGGCUCCCCAGCGUCCGGGUUUUCUGUGAUGGGACCAGCUCAGCCCAUCAAGGUCCCACUAGGGACAGAUGCCACUCUGCCCUGCCAGUUGUACCCUGAGCAGAGUGCAGCCCAUAUGCAGAUCCGGUGGUACCGAGCCCAGCUCUCCCCAGCAGUGCUCCUGUACCAGAAUGGGCAGGAACAAGACGGGGAGCAAAUGCUGGAGUACCGUGGUAGGACAGAGUUGGCGGAGGACUCCAUCGGCAGAGGGGCUGUGGCCCUGCUGAUCCAACAUGUCCGUGCGUCUGAUAAUGGCCAGUAUUGGUGUCAUUUUAAUGAUGGUCACAUCUCCCAGGAAGCCGUUGUGGAGCUGCACGUGAUAGGCUUGGGCUCUGCCCCUCACGUUCGCAUGAUGGGGCCUGAGGAUAACGGGAUCCAAGUUCUGUGCUCCUCAGGUGGCUGGUUCCCUAAACCCAGGGUGCAGUGGAGCGACAUGGCAGGAGAGAAACUACUAUCCCUCUCUGAAUCUCAGAGUCAAGAUGGAGAUGGGCUGUUCCAUGUGGAGGCAUCUCUUGUGGUCAAGGACAGCUCUUUGGGCAAUGUGACCUGCUCUAUCCAGAACCCCGUCUCUGGCCAGGAGAAAGCGUCUGCCAUCUUCCUUCCAGAGCCCUUCUUCCCCAGAACGUCUCCAUGGAAGACAGCCCUGGCUGGGACACUCCCGGUGCUGGUGCUUCUCCUCAUCGGGAUCAGCUACACUGGCUGGAGACAACAUAAAGCCAAAAACAGAGAAGUAAAGGAAAGGGAGAAAGCAUCUCAGGAAAGAGACAAGAUGGCGAAAGAAAAGGAAGAGGCACAGUCAGACAAAAGGGAGCUUGAGGAAGAGCUCGAACAACGAAAGGCAUUAUACAAUAAAGACUGGAAGAAGGCCUUGAUAUAUCCUGACUGGAGGAAGGAACAGUUUGAACAUGUUCUUGUGAGUGUCAAUCAUGAAAAUGUUCAUCAGAACAAUUCUGACUUCACAAAGGAACCUCAGGCAGUAUUAUGUAAUAAGCAAGGAGGUGGCAAUCUUCUCAAACUUGAUCAGAAAGGAUUCACUAAAGGGAGACAUUACUGGGAGGUGGACCUUGAGGACACUGAUGAAUGGACUCUAGGCAUUUAUGACGAGCCCACAGAGAAGAGUGAUCUAGAGAAGAUGAAGUUCAACGUCUUAGAGAAGAAGGGACAUGAAUACAGGGCUCUCACUUGUUCUCACCAAGGCAUUUCCGAAGAGUCUCUCCUGAUUGAAAAGUGUCCACAAAAGAUUGUGAUAUUCUUGGAUUAUGAGGAUAGUAACAUUUCUUUCUAUAACAUGGUUGAUGGAACCCACAUCUUCUCCUUCAACCAGGCCAACAUCUCUGGGUCAGUCUAUCCUUACUUCAAACUGAAAUCCAUGGAGUUCUCCCCAUAUGCAUGAUAUUAAGUGACUUAGAAUAAAAACCUAUAAAUUGUGAAGAUAGUAGCCCAUUUUUUGUAAACCCAAGGAUUCCAGUCCUGACGGGUGUCCUCAGGACCACCGAUUAUGAGGCCUCUUGACUUAAGUCUCCAUGAAUCUGCAUGACCAAAGUUUCCAGCCACGUCAAGCAGUGUUUCUCAAAAAUCUUUUUCCCAUCUUGUGGUUUGUUGUAAAUGUUUCUUGCAUUAUGUAUUAUAUACCACAGACAUACUUUUCUGAGUAAACUACUGGAAAUGAUGAAGUGAGUACAAA